CGAGAUCCGUGCAGGUCCUGGAGUCUGAGAGGACACCGAGCAGCAGCAGAGGAGAGAGUGAGCAUCUCCGUGUUUCCGCGUCCGUCACUUCACUUUCUUUUCUUUUUUAUCGGAAUCCUACUCGCAGACCAUCCUCCUCCAUGCCGAGCCGGCUGCUCCCCGUCCUGAACCUGCUGCUGAUCCUCGGGUCCGGCGGGGCUCUCCUGGAUGGAGCUGCGCGUCACGGCUCCGGCUCCGCUCCGGCUGCGGAUCCGCGCGUAUUUACGCAGCACCGGGCGGCGCGGGACGCGCUCUCCGUGGACAUGCUGAGGCUCUACGAGAAAUACAGCGAAGACCCGCAGAGCCCGCGGGAGGGAAACACCGUGAGAAGUUUCAAAGCUGUCCCGAGGGUCUCACAUGGCAAAGAUGUGUUCCAGUUUAAUUUGUCCUCCCUCCAAAUCUCUGAGAGCAUCCUCUUUGCCACUUUUCACUUCCUCCACAAGCGGCCCCGGCACCAACAGAGACUGUGGCGUGUCCGAAAGCCUCGCCACCCAUCCACCGACCUCCAUCCUCCCUCCGUGCAGCUCCUUUUCUAUGGAUCCUCCCCAAACUCGGCUUUUGCAAAGCCACUCGGAAACGUAACUCUUGCCUCUUUCAAGAAAGGCUCUUGGCAAGCAAAGGAUGUAACUGCAAUCGUGAAACAGGCAAGGGAUAUCAAAGAGCCCGUGAUUGCAGUGGAGUUUGAUCUGGGGCUUGAGGCAGCACGAGUGCAGCAGAGAAGUCCUCACGGCCAGGAGCGCCUCACUCCAGCCAACCGGCCAUACAUCUUGGUGUACGCUGAUGAUAAAGCUAUAGACGAACCAAACAGCGUGGCUAUGUCACUUCAGAGAUACGGGCCUCUUCCAGUCGGGGAGGACGCAUCUUCCUCAACAUCACCUUCAAGGAUCCGUAGGGAGCUCCAGCUUCAGCUCCAAACCAACAACAUACCAGAGAUGCAUUUCAGCACCUUGAAAAACCAUGAACUUUGGCAGAACACAUAUUUUCCCGCUAAAGCCAAAGGCAAAACAGGGAAGAAGCUAGGCCAGAUAAGCAACGAGGGCAUCACUGAGCCCCAGAUGCUGAGCUUCGACGAGAGGACGAUGAAGAAGGCGAGAAGGAGACAGUGGAGUGAGCCCAGGGUUUGCUCCAGACGCUAUCUCAAGGUGGACUUUGCUGACAUUGGCUGGAGUGAGUGGGUACUGGCACCCAAGUCCUUUGACGCCUACUACUGCGCUGGGACCUGUGGAUUCCCCAUAUCUAAAGUGGCGCGUCCGUCCAAUCACGCAACCAUCCAGAGCAUCGUCAGAGCCGUGGGAAUCGUCCCCGGCGUCCCCGAGCCGUGCUGCGUUCCAGACAAAACCAACCCCCUCAGCGUUCUUUUCCUGGACACGGACAGGAACAUGGUGCUGAAGGUCUACCCUGGCAUGUCAGUGGACACGUGCGCCUGCCGGUAGGGGGAUCCGGGGAAAUGGAAGCUGUGUUGAAUGAAGACGAGUGACAGCGAUGAAGACAAUAAUGCAGACUCAGGAGGAGCAGGAGGGCAUUCGUCAGAGACAGGACAGGUGUGGCGGGACACAGUGAGGACAGCUGGGAAAGUCUCUCAAAAGCUUUCUUUUUCUAGAUCCUUGAGUUUUGUUUGGUUUCUGACACAAAUAGACAUUUCUCUAUGUUUUACCUUCCCGUCUAACUAAUUAUAUGUAUCUUUUAUUGCUUGGUGUGUUUGUAUUUAUUCUCUUCCACCUUUCAAAGAAUGGUCAAGGAGGUGCCCUUAAAGAAAAUGUGAUUGGUAAUUCUCUGUGAGGACUAGCUCAAGCAAUUAACCUUUCUUUUGUUGAAAAACCUUUUAUCAGUCCGUUGUUGUACCAGUUUUACAUUUUGAGAAAGUAUGAAGUGAUUUUUAUUGAAAGGGAUUUUUGUCACUUCCAGGUUGGAUUUAGUUUCAAGUGGAUCCAACUUUGGGAUAUACAGACUUUAAAAAAAAAAAACCGCCUAUGCAGGAACCUCUACUGACCUGCAACCCAUUUAUGCAGUUUCCUCAGUUUGCCUACAUCUUCCAUGUUCAGAGCUGUAGUUUGGUCAGACUGCCAAGCUGUGCCCUCAAGAAGACUUUCAGAAACAAGAAGUAAUGAGAGCCUUUCAGAGGCCGCAGUAUGUUUACUUUCUGCAAAACUAACCAUCCGCUUUCAUGUAAAUAUUGUACUGUAAUGGGACUCUGAGUGGCAUAGGGAGUGUUUUAUUGUGCACAAGAGGUCAUAUCCUCCUCAAACUCAAUUUCAGUCAUGACUUUUUUUUUAUGUCUUGUACACUUAAGUGUUCAAGCAUGUAAAUCUUUGUGUGGUAAGUCCGCUCUACAACAGGGUAAAAAGAAGCUCGCUGCUGCCAUCUGCUGAGUAGUUUGUGAAAGUUAAAGUGACUUCAGAACAUGGGAUGAAACACGUACAGUACCAUACUUCCUGUAGGCUACUUACUUUCAGCAGAUAAACUUUGCCUAUAAUAUGACAUGUACAGUUAGUUAUAUGUACAGGAACAGCAGUAUAUUUCUACAGUAAGUAAAAGGGACGUGUAUGUUUGUAUGUAUCAAGUGUAAUAACCAUAUUCCUAUAAAGUGCAAUUAAAUAGUAAUAAGAUGUGUGCUUUAUCAGAUUGUAUUAUUUGAUUAAUAUGGGAGAAAUUGUACAUACAGUCAAAGAAAAUAGUUGAAUUUUAUUUUACAAAACAGUAAAACAGCAAGGCUGGUAUGUUUGUAAUUUGAUGUUUAACAUUAUUCAUGUUUUUUUUUUUUUUAUUGUAUUAAAUUACAAACUCUGGAUGGUCAAGUGUCUCAGAAUCCUGGUAGUGUUUUUCAUCUGAACAAAUAUUCAAACUGAAGUCUGGCAAAUCUGUAAUGAAAUAUGAUGCAUUUACGUUUUGUUUCUUUAUAUGAAAGAAGCAAUGCAAUAUAAAUCUGUAAACUUUGACGGAAUGUUUUUUAUGUUGACACAGAAUCAGGAUAUGUCAUGUAACAAAAGCUUCCUAUAUUCCCAAAUGAAGCGUAGUCUAUUGAACAAUUCAGUAACUUUUAGGUGUUUUGUCGUUUUGAUUUCAUGUGAGUCUUAGCAAGUUUUUCAAGGCUGUAAAAAAUACUAUAGUAAUUAUUUUACAUGAGAUUUCCAACAGCAAACACCUGAUAAAUUAACACUAGCUGAUGACAUGUUAGCAAUGUCAGCAAGAAAAGUUCUGUCUGUUUCCCAGUAGCUACCAUGUACGAGAAGUUUGGACUUGUAUACUUAGUAGUUCAUAUGGCAAGUUUGACUGAAGAGAGCGUACUUUAAAGUACAAUAGGACGCAGUGGGGUCUUUUUUGCAUCUGUAUCAGGGGUGAAUUUUUACGUACCUCAGGUUAAAUUACAUAAAGCCACACAUUUAAGCGUAAUUGGGGGCUUGUAUUUUUGAGUGAUAGCUGGCGAUGGUCAAUGCCUAGUGAUGUCUUGACGUAACCUCUGGCUAACAGGGCUC